AGUAUUGAUCACACCGGUACUUGUCCUAUGUUGGUUACAUCGAAGGGCCAUUCCUUUUUUUUUAAAUUGAUAGGUACAUCACAUAAAUUCGAUCUUGAUUAAAACAUUUCAAAGGUUCACAUUGAUAUAUCGAUAUAUGAUGACUCGACGAGUAAUCGAAGAGUUUCUUCUAAUAGUUCUAAAGAUAUCAUCAAAGUGAUGAACGAUUAACUCGAGAAAAAAAAAGAAAAGGAAAAAACGUUUAGGGACCGUCGAGUUUGCACCUGAAAUAGCAUCAACACUUAUUCACUUAUAAUACGAUCGUAAACUUGAAUGUUUCUUAUUUUACCGUAUUACGUACGAUUCCCGUUUUAUAAAGUGCGUGAGUCAGACAGAUCGAGAAACUGUUUCUAAUUGUACGGUGUAGGUCUACGUUCGAGGAAACAAUUACCAUUGAAAUUAAUCUAUUUAGAUUUAAUCAUUAAUUCGACGUGACUUAUCGAUGAACCGUUAUCGUUGUUUUAGAUAUUAGACACGUAUAUAAUAUACAUUAACAUGUACAUAUGUAGAUAGAUGAUACAUUCGAAGAUCAUUUCAAGAAAUAAGAUUAUUUUAUAUUAUGCAUUUUAUUCUUUAUUGUUUCUUUUUAUUUUGGUCUCUUUCUCUCUUUCUAUUUAUCUCUCUCUCUCUCUUUCUCUCUCUCUCUCUUUCUUUCUCCCUUUCUAAGAUUGUCAUAUUAGUCCAAUGAUAUCAUUGGUAGAAGAACUAUUGUAUCGUCGUGCUCGAUGCGAUUUCGAUGGUAUCACAUGAACUCACGUGUGUGUCAUGCAGGCACGAGUUAAUCCUCAUAAGUUUAUAUAAACACACAUACUCACGUACGUUUGUGUAUAUAUAUAUAUAUAUAUAUAUAUAUAUAUAUGUAUAUGUAUACAUUAUGUAUAUACACAUUUGAAACUACAGGAGAGUAUUAUUUGCACGUUCGUAACAUUGACUUGAACUUUUCCCUUUGCUUUAAAAAAUAUCGAAAUAGAUACAUUUAUUACGUUAAAGCUUGUUAACAACCUCAAACGAAUUAUCACAACUUCGAAUAGAAAGUGUUCUCAAUUAAUCAAGUACGAAUAAUUCUUAAAGAUAAAAUUUUCUUUUCUUUUCUUUUCUUUUCUUUUAUUUUAUUUAAUUCAUUUUUUCUUUUUUUUUCUUUCAUUCGUUCAAUUUUGUAAAAAAAGAAAUGGGAAUUCGUUUACUUUAUUUCUUUCUAUGAGGAAGAGCAUGAUUCAUUUACAUUUAUAGAAAAUUGAGAAGUUCCAUUAAACUAUAGUUUUUUUCCAUGAUUAUCUCUUCCUUCCUCUUUCCUCUCUCUCUCUCUCUCUCUCUCUCUCUUUCCUCUCUCUCUCUCUCUCUCUCUCUCUCUCUCUCUCUCUUUAUCUCUCUUUAUCUCACACAGGUCUAUUAGAUUUCUAAUACAUUCAUGUAUCUCAUCUUUUCACCGCAAAAUCAUCCAUAAAAAAAAAAGAUAAUUGAUUAAUCGGCAAGUUUUAUUCCAUUGUUGACGCGAUGGGUCACGUGAUUUCCUGCAGGCCGGAUGCUGGCGGUCGCAUUCAAAACGACAAAAGUGCACGGACCUACUCGAUGCCAGUUCAUUUCGCGUUCGUUCAUCGUCGGAUGUGAAACGCGAAAUGUUUUAAUUGAUACGACGUUCUUAUUCGUCAACGAUACUUCGUUCGUUUUGUUUCAAGUAAAAAGAAAAGGAAAAAAAAGAAAGAAAUUUUGAAUAGAAAUUAUACCUAUGGGAUCUCACGUGUCUAUUCGAGAUAUGCGUUUGCUCGUUGGAUUUGUUGGAUUUUUCAAAAUGGCCGUUGAUGAUACGAGAUGUAUCGGGCAUACGGAGACUGAGAAAACGUGGGAAAACAUUCGAGAGGUUUUUCUACGAAAUAGGAUCUCUCUCAAGGUCACUGCGAUACAUUUGUCCUCGAAAAAUAUGUCCGAAGUUCUUCCACUCAUCGUAUCGGACGAGACUACGUCUGACAUUGAUCCUCGUAACAUGGUCAAUCUCGAGGUAGGGUUGCCUGGGGACACCUGGUGGUAUUGUGUAGAAAGGGAACGAUUGGCUAAAAAAUCUGAAUGCUUUCGUGCAAUGCUUACGGGACCUAUGGCACCAGAACGAACCGAUCCUCCUCCGCUUUUAACCAUAAAACAUAUCGAAAAACGAGCGUUCGAUCAUUUCUUCAGAUAUCUGAACGACGAACCCAUUAUCUUUCAAUCAGUAUCAACUGCCAGAGCAACACUCGAUGUAGCGCAUCAAUAUAUUUGUUUAGAUCUCGCACGUUUUGCAAUAAAUUAUCUCGAAGAGAAUUUAGAUUCUUCGACUGUUCUCGAAAUCUAUGAAAAUCUUCAUCUAUAUGCAAAUAGUUUAUCUCCUUCUACGCCUCAAGAUAACGAUACGGAAGAAUCAUCUAAUAGACCUUCAGCUCCGCCAGCAUCUGACGACGACGAGGGUAGUGAAAUAGCUGCAGCCUGUACCGAACUUCUCUUUCGAUGUUUAAAUGUCAUUGAUGCUGAUCCUUCAACUGUACUUCUUCAAGAACGUUUCGAGGAAUUGAAUGUCAAGGAAGUUAAGGAAAUUGCGUGUCGCGAUACAUUGAGAUUACCUAACGAAGCUAUUCUUUUUGCUGCACUCGAUAGAUGGGCUGCAUCGAAUUGUAGAAAACGUGGCGUCGAACCAACAUCAUCGAACAAAAGGGCAUCGUUAUCGGAUGAAGUUUGGUACUCUGUAAGAUAUUUACUUAUGACGGAUAGGGAAUUCAUCGAUGGCCCAAUGGCCCAUGGUAUUUUAACUAGCGAAGAGUCCGCUUUUAUAUUUGCCAAAAUUCUUGGACAUCCUGGUAAAGAAGAGAUAAAUAUUUCCACGAACAAUCCUUUAUGGAGGCUAACCAAUACACCUAGAAUUGGGACGAUAACGUAUCAUAGUCAAGGUUGUAGUAUGUUAAAAUCAGGUAAGAAGGAACGUCAAGAUAAUAGAAAAAAUCGACGGAAAGAGUGUGCCGGUCAAGCAUGUUCCAGAAUUUGUACCUGUUUCGUGCGCGUCUUAGCGUGCGUAUUCGAAUAAAUCCGAGGAUCGAAAGAAAUCUUACAUUUUAUUACUGAAUCUCUUAUCGAGAUAAAUAUGAAAAAAGUUUUCAACUGCACUUUUUUCUUCAUUUUGAAUUCGAUAUUAAAAAUAUAGUAAUAAUAUUAUAUACGUAGAAUUUAUGAGAUCGAUAAUAAUCGAAAACAACGAAAAACGUGGUACUUAGAUCUCAAUCGAUGAAUUUUCUCUUUUUUUAUUUUCGAUAUUCCUUAUACAGUGCCAUCGAACGCUAUAAAAAAAAAAAAAAAAAAGUAAAAAAAAAUAGAACUUGUAUGUUUUAUAUGACAAUAUUUAUAUGACAGUAAUCGUAUUAUAUUUAAUAAUUAUGUUUAAUUGUUUUUCCGAAAGUUAGUCAGACACUUGAAAAUAGAAAGUACAUACAUAUAUACAUACAUAUACAGUAAACAGUUUUAUUGUCAAUUGCCGGAAAGUUAAUAUACAUAUACUUAUACAUAUAUAUAUAUAUAUAUAUAUAUAUAUAUAUACACACACAUACAUUUAGACUACAAUCUCGAGAGCAUUGAAAGAAUGAAUAUUUUUAUAUAUCAUAGACUAAACAACUUUUAUUAUUUUUCUCCUAACAGAAGAAUAAUUAACAAUCUCGAAAUGUUCCUUUGUUUUAUUGUCUUAUUUAUUUCUAAUAAUUGCAAAAUAAGAAACAGACAAGAAUAACAUAUAAUUUGAUAAAUAAAUUAAUAAUUAUUCCUAUAUAUAUUGUGCUAUAAUAUUAUAAUAAUCUAGUCUGACUUUGAUUGUGUUCAUUAUUAACUUAAAUUUAGCGAAUUUCCUAUGUAGCCGAAGUUAGAAGAAAGUUAGAAGAAAACAAUUGUAAUCGAUUUGAGAAAUAUGCAUACGUUGUUACUUGCAAAUAUAAUCGGCAUAAACAUAUACAUAUAUAUAUAUAUAUAUAUAUAUAUAUAUAUACUAUAUAUAUUAUAUAUACAUACAAACAUACAUAUACACACACAUUGUCUCGUCCAUUCAUUUGAUUUCAAAGCAAUGUAAGUUUGUCGAGUUAAUAUCGCUUCUAAGUGCAAUUAUUUAAUAUGCUAUAAAUAUAUAUAUAUACAAAAUGCUUCGGAAAUAAGUGGCUAAAUUUUUAUUGUAUCGUGAUAAUCUAACAUGACCUUUUUUCAUCCUUAAGGAGAGUAAAAUACGAUACCAAGGUUUUUGACUAUCUAUUUCUAAAGCAGCCUAUAUAUACAUAUGUGUGUAUGUGUAUAUAUAUAUAUAUAUAUAUAUAUAUAUAUAUAUAUAUAUUUGUUUCUACAUUUAUACAGCUUUUCUAUGGCGAAUCAAAGACUUUAUUAUUUACGAAGUUUUAUACUCUUCUCAAAUAAUCCGUUAGUAUUGACAAAGUUUUUUAUGUUUAUUAAUUUCAAUUAGAUACGAGUGAAUAAUUAGCUCUUUUUCUUAAAAAAAAUUAAAAAAUAAAUAAAUAAAUAAGAAAAUAAAGAAAGAAAACGAAAAAAGAAAAAACGUAAUAAUAUAUAAUUAAAUGAUUUUGAUAGAGCACAUAAAUUUUUACACAUCUAUCUUCGUAUUGACAUUCGUUUAUAAUCGUUUAAAAUUCUAUUAUUGCUAUUAUAAUUCAUAAUUGAUAAUCUUCAAGUUAAUAUUUACAUCGUUGAGAAUUUUAUGUAUUAUUAGAAACGUUAUAUUGUAUUACAUUUCUAUUAUGACCGACCGUUAUGUGAAUAUUAAUAAUUAUUCUUUAUAUGUAUAUACAUCGUUUAGUUAUAAUAUAUAUAUAUAUUUAUUAAUUUUUGAACGAACUUAAAAUUUAUGUUAUAUUAUAGAUGGAAUGUUGAAUAUGAUUGAUAUGAUACUUUUAAAACAAAUUAUAUCUUAUAAUAUUCAAUAGUGUAAUGACGUUUAAUUACAUAGUUUUAUGUGUAGACUAAUGCCAAACAAAGAGACUAUCAAAGUAUAUAUAAAGUAAAUUAAUAAACUAAAUAUCACAUUUUAA